AUGUAUAUAAAAAAUAUGAAACGAAUUUUGGCUUAUUCUUUAUUUUUUUUAUACAUUUUACGCAAUAAUGUGCUAUCCAAGAAAACUAUAGAAUACAACUUACUAGGAAGUGCACAUAAAAGUGACAAUAUAGUUGAUCGCCUUCAAGUUAUAACAGAAGGGAAAUAUAGAGAUAUUUUGGUUGAAGUUAAUAAGCCUUUAUUAUCUAUAAUAGAAAAUAAAGAAUCAGUGUCACUUGAUAUUUUGUUAUCUACGAUAAAAUUAUUGGAUGAUAAAAAUAAAGAAACUGAUGACUUAUCCAAAAAAAAAGAAAUUGAACAAACAAUUAUAUACAUUAAAGAUGCCAUAAAAAAUCAUUUAGGAAAUGAUGGAAAUAAUGAAGAAAAUGAUGGAAAUGAUAUAACAAAGACAAAAUCAAAUAAGAGCAAUUUAAUGUUAAAAUUAGAUAAUUAUUAUAUGAAAAGGGAUCUUGAAAAUUUAAAAAAAAAAAGUAAUGAUAUUGCAUUGAGAAAAGCUAAUUUAGGAAAAAAAUUAAAAGCAUAUAGUACCUCUAGUGAAUCAUUAUUAUUUGGUGCCCCUGGUGAUCUUAAUUUAUCCGAUGACAGUGUAAAAGAAUUAAAUAAUAUGAUAUCUAUUAAAAUUUUAAGACAAAGAAUUUAUAAAGAUAACAUGCCAUUUACUACGGAAUCGGUCCCUAAAACGUUUAACAAAUUAGUGGAUUUAUAUACACCUUUACUUGAUUUCAAUUUAGAUUCUUUAGAAAAAUACAAAAAUAAUGAGAUAAAAUACUAUACAGAUUCUAAAAGUGAAUUUUUUUAUUUAUUACGUAAUAAUAUGGAUCUAGAAAAAUUUAUGUUGAAACUUCCUAUUAGUAAAAUGCCAAAUCCUAAACCUAAUGAUGAUGUAAGUGAAAGUAGUGAUGUUGAUAAUAAAAUUUAUACAUAUGUGAAUAAUAAUUUGGAAAAAGAGAAGAAUGCAAAAGAAUAUUCCUUAGGUGCAUACAAUACAGACCCAGUUUAUACAUAUUCAAGCAAAAUUAAAAAAAAUCCUAUAAGUAAACAAAAUGAACAGAGUGAUUCAGUAUCUAGAAUUAACCAUUUAUUGCAGAAAAAAAUGGGUCAUACCUAUUUGAACAAACCCGAAAAAUACUAUAAUCAUCAAAAUGGGUUAAUUCACAAAAAUAGACCAAAUGGGUAUAAUAGCCAAUUCAUAAAUUCAAAUAAUGAGAAUGAGACAUGUUAUAAAAAACAUAACAAUAAUAUAUUAUUUGAAAUUAUAAUAAAAUCGCAUUUAUUAACAAAUAAUGAUGUUUGCAAAAAAAUUAUAAUAAAAAAAGCUGAUGGAAAUGAUUCAAGCGAAAAUAACAUAUCUGAAGAUGCAAGGAUAAUAUAUGACAAUGAUUCUGCAAAAAAUUGUAUACAAUACUCUAAAAAGAAUGAUGAAUUAUAUUAUGUUAUACCAUUAAUACAUUUUAAUGGCCCAUCAAAAAGUAUGCGUUGCUUAUCAUGUGAUGAUUAUGAAAAAAACAUACAUAAUAAAUGUCCAUUCAAUGAAAAUUUUGUGCAUCUAACUUAUGACAAUAAAUGUAUUGUUUGCAUGCCAUCUAGUGCUAUUAGCAAUUGUUUAAUUAAUAGUCAAAAGGUAAAUAUAGAUUCAUGUAAAGGUUAUUGCAAUUGCUCAAACUGUUUUUCUCCUAAUAAUGAAUUUCAUACAUUCAAAUACGUAUUCCCUUCAUACAAAUAUACACAUAGAGUCAGAGAUACACAUAAUCCUAAUAACUGUAAUUGUGAGUCAUUCAGAUAUUCUGGACAGGGUGAUCCAUAUUUUAAGGUGAGGGAUAUGAAUAAACAUAGAGAUAAAAGACUAUAUGAAUCAAUCCACAAACAAAUGGAGGGUAGGGAUAAAACAUACUACGAACAGAGUAAUGAGUAUCAAAUUGGAGAAGGGGCAAGUGAAAACGAUGUUGGUGAAUGCCUAUUCUUCGGAUGUAUACACGAUGAUGGUUAUAAUGAUUUCGAUAAUUAUAAUAUAAAAAUGAGAGAAACAAUUAAAUUAAAUAGUAGCAUUUUUGAUCCUAUAAGCUUGAAAAAAAAUAAUAGUGAUUAUGCAUAUGCUGAUGAAGAAAUUAUUGAGAAUGUAAAUAAGGAAAGGUAUAUUAAAAAUGAUAGAAAAAAAAACGUAGACAUAAAAAUUUUGCAUGAAAAUGUCGACAAUAAUUCAGAAAAUGAAAAAAAUGAAAAAAAUGAAAAAAAUGAAAAAAAUGAAGAAAAUAAAGAAAAUGAAGAAAAUAAAGAAAAUAAAGAAAAUAAAGAAAAUAGAGACAUUGUAAAAGGUUCAGAUGAUUCUGAUAACUAUGAUGAUAAUGACAUUUCUCAAGAAGCAAACAAUAUAGAAUAUUUUAAAAAAAUGUAUUAUGACAUUUUAAACAAUAAUACUGAUGAUGAAAGUGAUGUGAGUGAGAAUGAUGAUGAUGAUGAUGAUGACGAUGAUAAUGGUUAUUAUGAUGGAAAUAUCGAUAACUUUUAUAGUCUACGAUUUUUGUAUAAAACCAGAAUAUUUACAAAAAAGAAAACAGUAAUAAAUGCAUAUAUAAAAACAAAUAAGAUAAGUGCUGAUGAUAACAAGAAAAAUAUAUUGUUUUUAUUUAAAAAAUUAUUUAAUACUGUUUUUAAAGAUGUCCAUUACAAAAUAAAAGACUCAGCAGUAAGUUUAUUUCCAGUUAUUACCGAUUCAAAUAUUAUAGGAUUUGAUGUGGACUUCGGAAGAAUACAAGUUCAAUAUGCUGGUUGUAUAAACAUGCUUCGAUAUUCUGUUUUUGACACCCAAAAUAUGGCAAUCUAUUUUAUUACCCCAGAUAAAAAAUAUAUUUUGCUAGAAGACGUUAUAAAAGAAAUAAGCGAGGGAAAUGAAAAUUAUUAUUAUUAUAAUGAAAAUGUAGAGGGAAAUUCAAAUGAAAAUGUAGAGGAAAAUUCAAAUGAAAAUGUAGAGGAACAUUCAAAUGAAAAUAAUGAAAUCAUCAACAAUGAAAACGAUUUAGCUUUAUAUGAAAAUACUUCUCAUAGUAGUUUUGAAAAUUUAGAAUCAGAAUUGGAUGAUGGAUAUAAUAAAACGGAUAAACCAUCUAUCCAGGAUGAGAAACAGGAGCUUGACGAUAAAGAAAAUACACAUGAACCGAGUAAAGAUGAUUAUUCUAAAAAUAAUGGAAAAGACUCGUUAGUUGAAUUAAAUAAAGAUAACGAAGAAAAGCAUGAAUUGUUGGAUACAAUAUUAAAAGAAUUUAACAAUGAACGUGAAAAAACACCAGCACAAAAUGAAUUGUCAAAAGUUUUAUCAGAAUAUGGUGAUUUAUUAUCAAAAGAGGAUUUAAAGGAAAUUAAGAAUAACCAUAAAAAUGUUGAUGUUAACAAGGGUAAUGCAGAAAAUGGGGAUGCUAUAGAAAUAAUAAUAAAAAAGAAUAGUAAAGAAAAUGGAAUAAAUGGAAAAACUAAUGAUAAAGAUAAUAUAGUAAACGAAUCAGAUGACCAAAGCGAGUUUAUUACCAUUGAUCAGAAUGGAUGUGAAAUAAUUAAUGAGACAAUGAGAAAAUAUAUGGAUAAAUAUUUUAGUGUUCAUAAUAUUCCUAUACAUUAUAUUGAAAAUAAUAACAUUUCCAAAAAGGCAAUUCAUAUUACAUCUGACAUAGACUCUGAUUUAAAUAUGCUUAAAUCAAGUAUUUUAGCUAUUUCUAAUACUAAUGGAAAAUCAAUAGAUGAUUUUAAAUUAUUCCUUAUACCUAAUGAUAUUGAGAAAUAUGAUCCAAAUAAAUUAGAAGAUAUACCAUCAUCUAUAAGAACUGCAAAUGAUUUGUAUAAUUAUAUUAAAAGGAUGAAUAUGAAAAUUUUAAUAGCAUCUGUACAUGAUGAUGCUGGUAUAAGUAUAGAGCCCCAAAUUUUCAACUAUUUAUAUGAAUCAAAUAAUGAUACACCAUAUAUUGAAUCUGCAUUAGAUGUAAAAGAAGGAAAAGAAGCUACAAAUACUGAAUUGGAAUUAAAUAAAUCUCAAUAUGGUGAUAAAGAAAAAUUGAGAGAUUCUUCGAUUUUAAAAAAUCAGCAAUUGAGUAAUGCACUAUUAAAAAAUGAAAUAUAUUAUACUACUAAAAAAGAAAUAAAAGCUGAUGGAAUUAUGAAAAAUGGAAUAGAAGACACCAACUUAAGGGGGAAAAUAAGCGGGUGUUCUGAGGAUUCAAACAUUUCUUCUAAUAGCACAGAGGCGAAAACAAUUGACGAAAAUAAUGCAGACCACAAAAAUGAGGAGGAAACCGUUUUUGAAAGUGAUAAUCAGUACACUACUCCAAAUAAUUAUAAUAAGAUUGAUAUAUAUAUAGAUAAUACGGAUAGAAAAAUAACUGUAUUAGAUGGAAUUCUAUUCAAACAUUAUACAUUCAAAUUGUUUAUAAUGGAUAUUAUGAAUAAGAUAAUACAUGUUCCUUCAAAUUUUAUAGACUUAAAAUCGUAUAAAAAAGGAAUAUCCCCAUUUGAUAUAUUUGAUUGUUUAGAAUAUUAUUCUUAUAAUAAAAAAUCAAAUAUUAUUAGUGCUUUAUUUUUUGAAAAACAUAUAAAAUUAUUGGAUAUAUUAAAAAAUCUUAAUAGCAAAGAUGAAUAUUUAUUGAUAAAAAAUAAAAAUAGUGAAUAUUGUAGUGGUGUAGAUAAUUUGAAAUAUAUAAAAAUUCCAUUGACAAUCAAUUUAAAAAAAUCAAAAGAUAUAUAUUUAGAAUUUCCAAUAUUCCACAUAGAUGAACAUUAUAAUUUUGUUUAUAACAAAAUAAGUUUUAUGAAUGUACCAGAAAAUUAUACAGCAUCCAAAUUAUGUAAUACAGUAAAAAAUAUAUUGAAUGAAGCAUUAGACAUAUAUGAAUUAGAUAUUAUAACAAGUUUACAAAUAUAUAAUCUAAUAGACAAUGAAUGGGAAUACAUUGAAGAUAACGUUUUGAUUCACGAAAUAAAAAUGGAUAACAACUAUUUAUAUACAAUGUUUAUUCAUGAUAAAUUUUUAACAAAAAGAUAUUAUCAAGCUAUGUCUAAUUUAAUUAUUGAUUUAUCAAAUAAUAAUAUUUAUAUUAAAAAGUUAGACAUAUAUAUUGAUUAUAAUUACAGCCCUUAUACACUUUAUAAUAUACCCAUACAUAUGUCUUUUAUGAAUUUAAAAUAUUUACUUUUACAUCAUACAAAUGCAUUUUUAUCAGAUUCUUUUUUGAAUGAGUUCUUUUUUACGUAUAAUGAAAAAUAUCUUCAAAAUCCAUCUGCUAAUGAUAUUAAUAAUGAUAGUGCAUAUAACCCCAAUAGUAAUGUAGAUGAUUAUAUUUAUGAAGAAGAAGAAUAUGAAGAAAGUAUAAGUAUCUUUAGUUUUAUAAGUAGUUGUACUAGAAAUAGUAAUAAAACAUAUAACCUAUUUUUACUUAAUAUGGUGAACACAUUUUAUAAAAUAAAAUUGAAUUCGAAUAAAAUGAUGCAACCAAUAUUGGAAGAUUUACUCAAAAUAUCGGGAAAAUGUUCAAGUGAAAAUAUUAUAGUUGAAAUAAAUAAAUCAUCUACAAAGGUAAAAAAUAUCGAAUUAUAUUUAGGAAAUAAUUCCAAAAAAAUAAAAAUAAAAAAUGUACCAUUAAAUUUAUUAGUAUGGAAAUUUGUAAAUAUAUUAUUAAAAGGAUCUUUUAAUAUAUCAAUAGAAGAUCCAGAAAGAUUAUAUAAUUUAUUUGUAAUAGUCCCAAAAGAUAAAGAUGCAAUGAUUAAUCGUGAUUAUUAUAUUUCUACAAAACCAGGAUAUACUAUUGAAAAGAUAUUAAAAAUUAUUGGAUCAAAUAACUUAUGUUUAGUUAAAGCAUAUCCAGAAAAAUUGACACAUAUUAAAAAUAGUACAUAUUAUUAUGAAUAUGCCAUGUUUAGUUUCGAUUCAUUACCAAAAGUUAUUGAUUUUUCAAAUCCAGUAGGAUUAUUAAGCUUUUAUGUUAAUUAUAAAAAUGAAAAUAAAUUAAUUAAUAUAACCAAUGCACCUGAAAAUAUAACUCCAGAUAAGCUUUUAAAAACGAUUCUUUUAGACAUGUACUCUAAAUGGCAAAAUUUUCCUAAAGAUGAAAAAAUAAAAUUUUCAUUAUUUUUAAAUAACGAAGAAAUAAAAAAUAUAAAAGAUUAUAUUAGUUCAGGAAAAGAAGCACAACUACGUACAUUUGUUUCUGUAGAUAAAAAACAUGGUUAUAGUAAUAAUAAAAAGAAAUUCGUAGAAAUAGACAAAAUACCUGAAACAAAUUCUAUAAAAAUGCACGAUGCUGAAUUAAAAGCAAUGCAACUGUAUGAUAAUGUAUUAAGAGAAAUUUUAUCUAAAGGACAUAUAGAUUAUAAUAAUAUAAGUGUUACUGGAUAUACAAUAUCAAUUAAUGUAUUUGAUGGUAAUGACUAUAGUCCUGUUACUAUUUUUAAUAUACCCUUAAGUGCAACUAACAAAGACAUAAUUGCUUUCUUGUUAAUUAAAUCGAAUCAUAUUAAUACAAAACAUGUUGUAGAUGAAUUUCUUUUAUUAAACAAAGAAUCGUUUAACUUGUUAAAAACAAAAACUAUAAUAGAUCAAAAUGUUGUAUUUAUUGGUGAAUUAACAGGACUAAUUGAUUUAGAUAGAACAAAUUUGUAUUUAGUUCAUAAACCUCAAUUUAAUUCUUUAGAUGCCAUAUUUAAAAAUUUGGCGAAUAAAAAUUAUGAUUUUAAAUCAGAAAAAAUAACUGCUUUAAGUGUUAGUGAAACAAAAGGAAGUAUUAUAUUUAAUAUUAUACUAAAUCAAAAUAAAAAAAAAGUUUUUAAUGUUACAAAUAUCCCCUAUAAUAUGUAUAUAAUCGAUCUUUUACGCUAUAUAGUUGGAUAUCAAAGAAAAUGGAUAUACAAAUAUGUCGAUUUUUAUAUAAUUAAAGGUAGUGAAAAACAUGUUUUAAAUGACCAUUCAGGUAUUAUAACAUAUGGUAGAACAGCUAGCGAAAUUUUUACGUUAUGCAAAAAAAAUGAUCCAUGUACUUUUCACAUAGAAUUUGGUUCUAUCAAAAUUGAGUAUGGUAUAAAUAAUACAAUAGGGGAUAAUAUUGAUGCUCUUAUUAACAGAAAUAACAAUGAUAAUCAAAAAAAUAAUAACGAUACAGUCUUAAAUGAAUUGAAAAACAAAAUAAACUCUGAAGAGGAAGACAAUGUGGAUAUAGAUUUGUCAGUAUUACGUUUUGAAUUUAAUGCGGGAUUAUAUGAUAAGAAUAUAUUUGGUACAUCAACAAUUUGUAAUAUACCUAAAAGUUACACAGUAGAAGAUGUUUUAACAUACAUUAAAAAGGUGUUAAAGGAAAAUUGUAAAAUACGAAAUGCUGACGAUUUAGAAUUAGAAAUAAAAAUUAUAUAUAAUGAUACAUAUUUAACUAUACCCAAAGAAUUAAAUAUAGAAUAUGUUAUAAAUUAUUAUUUUAUUAACACACCAUCUAUUGUAUCUGUUACAAAUGAUGAUAAUGAUGAUGAACCUUUUAAUAUUAUUCACCUAAUUUUAAAUAAUACAAAAAUAGACAUGAAAAAUAAUGUAUUUAUUAAAAAAGAAAUACCAUUAUAUGUAAAGAAAAAUAAUAACUUAGAAAAUAUAAAAUUAAAAAAUAUUCCAUUAUCAAUUACAGAAGAUAAUUUAAUUACUUACAUAAUAAAUUAUUUAACAAAAAAUUCAGAAGUUAUAAAUUUCAUGAGAGAUAAUACAUCUAUUUGUAUAUAUCCUGAGUGUGAUCCUGUAUAUAUACAUUAUGGAAAUAGUCAGCUAUCAUUUAUUGCUUCAUUGUCUUAUCAUAUAGCCUUAAGAAAUAUUAAUUAUAUAACAACAAUAGAAUCUUUUGAAAACUUUUAUGGUAAUAUGAGCCAUUUUGAAUUUGAUUUUUAUAAAUAUUCGCAUUUUAUUGAAUCUAAUAUAAGUAAUUAUAACAAAACUGACAUCAAAGAAUUAAUAAAUUUCGAUAUUAAUAUUCAUUUCCCAACUGCUAUUAGAACAAUUCGAAUAAAAAAUUUUAAUAUUAAUUUGCAAAUGGAAGAUUUAUUUGCUAAAAUUUUUCAAUCUAUAACAACAAAUAUUUACAAGUGGAAAGAUUUGUUUACAUUUAUUGGGAAUAGAUCUAAAAUAGAUAUAAUUGCAGAAGAAAGCGAUAAAGCUAAACAAAUAAUCGACACUUUUAAGGAUCAUUUAAAUGAAGGACAUAAUUUAACAUUUAUUUAUAAACCCGAUAAUAAUGAUAUUAAUAAUUAUAUUAUUCCUAGAAUAAGCUAUAUACCAGUAUUGAUAAAUUUCCAAACAAAUUAUAUAUCAAUAAGUACGGAAAUUAGUGAGUUUGAAAAUAAUGUAACUACAAUGUAUGGUUUUCCGGAUUAUAUAAGUCCAAGUUUUAUGCUGACAUUAUUGCAAUAUAACCUUUUUAAAAUACUAGGUAAAAAUUAUUUGUCAAUUUACGGAUGCUCUUAUGAUAGUAGUUUGUGUUUAAAUGAAAAUAAUCUUUUACUAAAGAAUAAGAUAUUUUAUGACGAGAAUACAAAAAAUGAUAGCUCUAAACAGGCUAUGAAAUUUGUAUUAAAAUUGAAAAAGAAAGAUAGUAAAAAAGUAAAAACAAUAAACGAUUUAGUUUCUCUUGAACUAAAUAUAUCGUGUCAAGAAUUAAAAAAUGAUGAAGAUAUGGAAGAAUGUAAUGAUAUUAUAUCUUCUUUAAAUGCAUCUUCUAUAUUUUGGAGAAAUAGCAUAUUAGGAUUUAUAGCAAAUUCAAUAGUCAUAAAAGAUUACUAUAAUAAUGCAUUAACAUUACCAUAUAUAGAUUAUAGAGUAAAUGAGAAAAUAUUAAUUCAAAAUAUAUUAGAACAUGUAAAUAUAUUACCAUAUUUAUAUAAAUUAUUCGAAUUAUCUCAUAUUGAUAAAAAGUGUGUUAGUUAUAAAAAAGAACUUAAAAAUACAAUACCUCAUAUUCAAUGUUUAUUAUCUUUCGGACUUAACAUAUAUUUUGAUAUUCAUAACAGUAACGAAUUAAAUAUAUAUAAUGGGUUUGAAACAAAAGAUAAUAAAUCAUUUAACAUAACACAUAUUUAUUCUUUCCCUGAUUUAUAUGAACAUAAUUUUACAGAAUUUUAUAUUUAUAAUGAUGAUAAGACAAGAUUAUUAGUAAAAAAUGCAUAUAAGAAUAUGACAGUUUCUAGCUUGUUAAGUGAAUUAUCUAAAGCUCGAUGUCAUAUUCAAGGAUUAAAAUAUGAUCAAAUAUCUUCUUUUUAUACACUUGUAUAUGUAUUGGAUGGUAAUAAAUUUGUAGAUAUUCAUCCAGAUGAAAAUGUAGAAUUUAUACAUAAAUUAGUUUUAAAAUAUUCACAAGAAAAAUUUAUGUUAAAAAUUAUAAAAAAAAAUCAUAUUUAUAAUAUAGAUAUACCCAAAAAUAUGAACUUAAGUUGCUAUCCCCCAUUAAUUGAUCUAAAUAAAAAUUAUUACCAAGUUCCAAUAAGUUUACAAAUAAAUUCUGAAACUAUUAUUAAGUUAAAUGAUGAAUCAUUUCCAAGAAUAAUAGUUAAUAAUGUACCAGCAAACGCUUUUGUAAUGUCUAUAAAAGAGUACUUAGUUUCUUUGUUUAAAUCAUAUAUCAAAAGUAUACCUGAUAAUAAUAUUAAUACAAAUUUUUAUGAAUUUGAUAUUGAUAUGAUAAUUGUUAUAUAUGAUUCAACGCUAAAUAGAAUACAUAAAAUAAGUUCAAAUGCUUUACAAAGCUUAACAGUAUCUAAGUUUUUUAAAACUUAUUAUAAUGCAUCAUUAGUGUUUCAAAUGGACGAAAUUGAAAAAUUCCCAGAAUAUAUAUAUGAUAAUUUUAUUACCAACUUUUCGAAGGCUGUUAUUGAUUUUUCUAUUUCCAUCUUCUAA